AUGGAAAAAUUUCUCAAUAUUAAGAGUACAACCAAGCGUUUAAAUGAAGACAACAAUAAAGAAGAAAAUAAACGUAAGUUCAGAAAAUACGAUAAUAGUUAUUUAGACUUUGGUUUUACUUACACCAAAAUAGACAACGAAGAACGUCCUAAAUGUGGUUUUUGUUUAAAAGUAUUAGCUGCCGAUAGUAUGAUUCCAAAUAAAUUAAAGCGUCAUUUUGAAACUAAUCAUGGAUCGUUAAUUAAUAAAAAACGUGAUUAUUUUGUAAGACAACGUGAACAAUUAGAAAAACAAUCAAACAGACAAGUGUUCCAACCAAAGAAUUUUUAG